AUGAUUGAACCCUUCCAGACGACCUUCUCGGUCCCAAUGACCUGCGAAAGCUGCGUCAAGGACAUCUCCACCUCGCUGUACAAACUCGAUGGCAUCCAGAAAGUCGAUGCGAACCUCAAGGACCAACUUGUCUUCAUUGAAGGAACCGCGCCCCCAAGUUCCAUCGUUUCCGUGAUCGAGAAUACAGGCCGCGAUGCGAUCCUGCGGGGCAGUGGCACAACAGACAGUUCGGCCGUCUGCAUCCUCGAAACACACUCCAACGCCGUCUCCAAUAAGAUCCGUGGCCUGGCUCGCAUGGUUCAGGUUUCUUCAAACGUAACGUUGGUCGACCUGACUAUUAACGGUAUUGCGCCCGGCAAGUACUGGGCUACCAUCCGGGAAGCCGGUGAUAUCUCUCAGGGAGCUGCAUCCACGGGCGGCAUCUGGGACUCUUUGAAGGCGAAGGUGCUCGGCUCAGAGCCGAAGGAGCCUAGGGGUAUCUUUGGUUCCGUGGAAGUUGAUGCGAAGGGCCGUGGAAGUGUUUUCUUGGAUCGACCGGUGGCUAUUUGGGAAUUGAUUGGGCGUAGUAUGGUUGUUUCCCCGAGCAAGGAAGGGCCAUUCCAAAGGGAGGAUGCGAACACAUUGGUUGGUGUUAUUGCGCGCAGUGCAGGUGUUUGGGAUAAUGAUAAGAUGGUUUGUUCGUGCUCUGGAAAGAAUGUUUGGCAAGAAAGACAGGAGCAGGUUAGCCAGGGUAUGGCCUGA